AUGAGAGUUGUUCAAGAGGCAAUAACACUGGCAUUCAAAACAUUCAUCGUUUAUAGAUGUAUACAGCUUCCAACAUAUGCUAAGGAAAUCCCUCCCAGGCUCCUAGAAGGGUUGUGCUCUACUAAGGACCGAAAGAAUAUGAUGGUUGGGGAUCUCAUGGUACCCUGUGGGGGUAAACUAUUCUCCUAA